AUGCAUCUAACUGCCUUUGGGCGUGUAGUUUUGCUAGUGAUCAUUGCGCACAUUCAGGUUUUCGCAAUUAUAGACUUUAAUUUUGAUGAUGAUCCCAAAUCAGACGCACAAAUAUGCUGCAUGAUCGAACAUUCGUUUCCACAGGAACCGUUCCCCGAAUGUUAUGAGCAGCACACAAAUUCCAGCACAGACAAUGAAGCGCUCAUGUGCAUUCACCAGUGUUAUUACGAAGCGAUCGGAAUGUUUGCCAACGGUGAUCAGGUUCAGUUGGACAAGUAUAUCAAGUACAAGGAUGGCCUUGAUGCGGAACACCAACAAUCUUUUUCCUACGCGCUAAGGGUUUGUGGACAGGUGAGGCUCGUGCUGAUGAAACAUUUUGAGGCGAAUGCGGAAAAACCACGAUGCAGUCCGAUCCCGUACUUUUACAACCGAUGCUUGCUGGAAGUUGAUAUAGUGAACUGUCCAAGCGAUCGGUGGAUGAAUUCUACCUUGUGCGAUCUGUUUGUGUCGAAAAUGAAGGAAAAGUAUGGGAAGGGCGUACAGGCUAAAUCGACAUAA